AUGGCCCAGCAAUUAUCUAAAUUCAAUCCAUCGCUUGCUAAAGUAGCCGAAACCUUGCGAGAUCUUUUGAGUUCUAAAUCAGCAUGGUUUUGGACUGAAAAUCAUACAAAAGAAUUCAAUGAGGUAAAAAACAGUUUAACCAAUCCACCCAUUUUGGCGCACUACGAUGUUAAAAAAUCUGUAAAAGUAAGAACAGAUGGAAGUUUAUUAAAUGGACUUAGCGUAACAGUUUACCAGAAUCAUAAUGGUACAUACAAACCAAUUGAUUGUGCAUCUAGGUUUCUUACGACAACUGAACUAUAUAAUCCUACAAAAGAAGAUGAGAUUGCAGAAAAUGAUCUGAAUGUGUAUGUUAAUUCUAUAAUAAAAACUAUGCCUGCUACAGAGAGUCGUUUAGAAGAGAUUAAGCAAAAAACUGCGAAAGAUAAACUUUUAAACCAAUUGCAAGAAAGUAUAAUUUCUGGAUGGCCAAAUUCAAAAAAAUACUGUCCGGCAAAUAUCCAACCUUAUUGGGAUUUUAAAGAUGAAAUAGUUAAAAUUGAUGGACUCUUAUUAUAUCAGAAUAGAAUAAUAAUCCCAGUUACUAUGCGGAGAGAAAUUCUUUCAAAAUUGCACGAAGGUCAUUUGGGAAUGGAGAAAUGCAAACGUCGUGCACGUCAGAGUGUUUUUUGGCCAGGUUUAAACAACCAAAUUGAACAGUUAAUUAGAAAGUGCGAGGCAUGUAUGAACUUGUGGACUGAGGUGUUUCUGCUUCCAAAUACUGGAUCAGCAAAUGUUAUACAAGCUUCUAAAGAAUCUUUUUCUAGAAAUGGUAUCCCUGAGGAAUUAGUGUCAGAUAAUGGUACACAAUAUAGUUCGAAAGUGUUUCGUCAAUUCUCUCAACAGUGGCAAUUUAAGCACAUAACAAGUAGUCCACACUAUGCACAAUCAAAUGGUUUAGCAGAAGCAACUGUAAAGUCAGUAAAACUGUGGAUAAAGAAAUGUUAUAUGUCGAAUGAGGACAUUUAUAAAGGUAUCUUAAUUUUACGUAAUACUCCAAUAAAAUGUGGUUUAUCUCCAGCGGAACUAUUACAUGGACGUCAACUGAGAGAUAAUUUACCCAGGUUUCAAUCUCAAAAUAAGGAACAGUCGAAAUAUUCAAGAGAAAUAGUCAAAGAGAGAGUUCAAUCUAAAAAAUACUAUGAUACAAAUAUAACUUGUGAAUGGAGUCUUAGAGGUAAAAUAAUGAAAUGUGUUGCCCCUAGAUCAUAUGAAGUAAAAUUAAAUCACAAUGGACAUAUCCUUCGUCGAAAUCAGAUUCAACUUAGAAAAGUUUACGCUAUAUCAGCUCCAGGGGUGACUCGGGAUAAUGGGGCUAUAAUGCUCAGAAGACAAGCUAUUCCGUCGCUUGAAGAAUGCAAUAGUGGUACAACGUCAUCGGAAAUGGAGAGCGAGAAUAAUAUAAUAGAAAAGAACAAUUUGGUUGAAAAUACAAAAGAUUGA